CGUCACAUUACGAGUAUGAGCCAUGGGGAAAGGUACGGAUAAGCUAUAUAUCACACACUCCGAGUGGUCAUCUUCAGACGCCUACUCGGCAAAUACGGGUUCGCGAACCGGUUCUAAUGGCGCAUCCUUCAAACGAUUACCCUUCAACUUUUGCGCCGCCAGUCUCCAGCCUUUCAAGAAUCCCGUCUGUACCCCCGAUGGAACCAUAUUUGACGUCGAGGUUAUCUCAAAAUGGCUCGAGAGUCACGAUACCAAUCCCGUGAACGGCGAACCAUUAGCGGCACGCGACCUUAUCAAGCUUAACUUCGCGCGCAAUGGAGACGUUGACUCCAAGGGUGCAGACGGACUGGGUGGCGACGGGAAGGGGGAUUUCAUCGACCCGGUCACCUUCAAGGUGCUCACCGACAAUACCCACGUUGUCGCGAUUCGACACGGAACCUACGCAAACGUUUUCGCUUGGGAGACGGUUGAGAGGAUGAACAUCAAAGCGAAGAUGUGGCGAGAUCUUGUCGACGACGUAGAGUUUAGUCGCUCGGACAUUAUCACGCUCCAAGAUCCUCAGAAUGCCGCUAGCAGAGAUUUAAGCCAAUUUCAGCAUUUAAAAAAUGGCGGAGAUGCGCUCUUGACCAAGGAGCAGGAAGAGGAGAGAAAAGAAGGCAACGUCAAUAUCAGCGCCUUGGGUAGGGUAGGUGACAAGGUUUUGAGAGCGAAAGAGGCCGUUGAGAAGGCAAGGAAGGAACGUGAAGCUGGGGGCGACAUCAACCGUUCCAAAGCAGUCACAAAAGCUCCAGGAAGCAAUAAUGCUCGACCAUCCAUGAUACAGGAUAAGAAGCAAAACUAUAAUUCUGCAGCAUAUACGACGGGUAAAGCCGCAGCCAGUUUCACAAGUACAGGAUUGACACCCGAAACCAGUGGCGAACGGGCCACGCUGACCGAUGAGGAGUACAUGUUAAAACCAAAGAGGGUAAAGAUAAAAGGCUACGCACGGAUUGAGACGAAUCUAGGCGAUUUAAACAUCGAGCUACAAACCGAAUAUGCCCCGAAGGCAGUGUGGAAUUUUAUUCGAUUGUCGCAAAAAGGAUACUACAGAGGCGUCUCCUUCCAUCGAAACAUUAAAAACUUCAUGAUUCAAGGGGGUGAUCCGUCAGGCACCGGACGGGGAGGUACUAGCAUAUGGGGCAAGAAUUUCCAGGACGAAUUCGAAGGUCCGCUAACGCACGAUUCUCGAGGCGUUCUUAGUAUGGCUAAUAAAGGAAAAAAUACAAACUCGAGCCAGUUCUUCAUCACAUACCGCCCAGUCAAGCAUCUAGAUAGAAAACACACCAUCUUCGGAAAAGUUGUGGGCGGCUUGGAUAUCCUGAGCAAGAUGGAGGCGGUACCUACGGAUGGUUCGGAUCGCCCCCUGAAUAAGAUAUUCAUCAAGGAUGUCGUUGUCUACCUCGACCCAUUCGACGAGUUCCUAAGGCAGAAAGCCGAGCGCGACAAGCUCGCAGAGACCCAAGCAGAGAUUCAGCGGACAGGAGGUACCGAAGACGACCAGCUAACGUGGACGGGAAAGCGGGUAAGACGGGAUGGCACGGUUGAGCAGGGCGGGGGUGGCGGUACCGUAGGCAAGUACCUCCAGGCCGCGAUAAAGCAGCAGGGCAACGAGGACGAGAUUAUCGAGGAGGACGUCGAUACGUGGGAGGAGCCGGUGAAGAAAAAGGCUAAGGUUGGUGGGUUUGGAAAUUUUGACAAUUGGUAAAACGGAUUGCAUUGCGUGGCGUUGGGUGAUACCCAGAGUCUGUAGAAUAUUAUCUAGAUUGGGCUCUAAUAAGAACUUUUGAUGAGUUUAUGUGGUUGUUGUAGUUAUAGCUAUUGUAAAGAGUAAUUCGUAGUAGUUACUCAUAAUAUUGUUGUCUCUUUCUAAGAUUCGUGAUUAACUACAUGAUUUGAAAAGCCUGGCCAUAUGAAGACCUUGUAGUUUAUUUAAUUCUUAAGAAAAAUGUAAGCCCUUUGGCUGAGGCAUAAA